GUUUUCAGGCAGCGUUUGGUUGCUCCAUUUAUGACACAAUGAAGUAGGUAAACACGUAACGUUAGGUGUAUUUGCUCGAUCGAUAUCAUGCUACGAAGACUCGUCGAAAUCCAGAAACGCAACAAUGUGAAACAGCUAAAAGUCGGUUCGUGCUCAUUGGAAAUGGCACAUGCCUCGUAUAAAAGGCUAUGUGGGAGGGUUAUGGUGAGCUGGUGGGAUCCGCGUAGCGUCGCUGCUAUAUAGAUCUGCAUUUAUAACUCCGGCUCACCAGGGAGCAGGGAUAUAUCACACACGAAUGAAACCGCGCAAACCUUCUUUAAAGCUUGACAGUUUCACUAUCGCAAGAGAAACAAGACAUCCAUUCCGCUCUUGACAUUUUCCUCUAUUUGGAAAGCUUCUUAAAUAACACAGCUUCCGCGUGAAGACUAGGACAGGGUUGAUAACGACCAAAAUUACAAGAUUCAGCGCACGAAUGAAUAAAACUCGAACCUCUAGUUCUCCGUUUGUGGUAACCUGAAGCUGGGAAACCGGAAUGGACUCAGCGAAGAGCUAAUGUUUGGAGUGGAUUUAGUUCAUUAAAAUUUGGUUCUGAGGUGUUCAGAAGGUACGGUAUCACGCCUCGAAUAUUAGUUUUGGACGCUGGAUGUGUGUUUGAAAAGUCCGUGGAAAUGGGGGAGCAGCCAAUCUUUACCACACGUGCUCACAUAUUCCAGAUUGACCCCACCACCAAGAAGAACUGGGUCUCUGCCAGCAAACAGGCCGUCACUGUCUCAUACUUCUACGACAGCACGCGCAACAGCUACCGCAUCAUCAGUGUGGAUGGCUCCAAGGUGAUCAUCAACAGCAUGAUCACACCCAACAUGACCUUUACGAAGACCUCUCAGAAGUUUGGCCAGUGGGCCGACAGCCGGGCCAACACAGUUUUUGGCCUUGGGUUUGCUUCCGAGCAGCAGCUCUCCAAGUUUGCAGAAAAAUUCCAGGAAAUCAAAGAGGCAGCAAAAGUAGCAAGGGACAAAUCUCAAGAAAAGAUGGAAACUUCCAGCAGUCAUUCCCAGGAGUCUGGGUGUGAGACCCCAUCCUCCACAUUACCCUCCAGCAUUAAUGGCACAGACGAUGAGAAGAUCUCUCACGUGGGGCCAGCUGACUCAUUGCUCAAGAGCGAAAAUGAAUGGCUCAAGACUGUUGUGGAGCAAAGCAACACAAAUGUCAAAAAGUGGGAGACAGAGCUGCAGACCCUGAGAGAAAGCAACGCCCAUCUGGAGGAUGCCCUGGCGGAAUCUAACGCCUGUGUGGAAACAUGGAAGAAGCAACUAGCCACCAGCAAGGAGGAGAAUGCCCAGCUAAAAGACAAGAUCACAGAGCUGGAGGCUAAGUGUAAUGAGGCCACUCAGGAGAAGGAGAAGAACAAGAACCUGGCGGUUCAAAAGCAGACACUGGAAAAUGAGCUACAGGAGAAGGAGCAGGAGCUGGAGAACCUAAGAAAGCAGGCAGAGAUUAUCCCUGAGCUCAUGAGGGAGUGUGAGAACAUCACCCAGAAACUACAGGCUGCAGAGAUAAAGAACGAAGCAGUAGAAUCCCAAAUCGAGAUGCUGCAGAACAACAUCACAGAGAGCCACCAGAAACAAGGGCACCUGAAGGAUGAGCUUAAGAGUUUGUUGGAUAUCCUGGACGGGAAGCUCAAUGAGCUGCAGGAGUUCAGACAACAGCUGUCCAAACUGGAAGGGGACAACUAGGAGCAUGGUCAGGGAGAAGGUAAACUUGGUGUGAGAGCACAUGAGGGGACAGCCUUUUUAACUUCCACAGGUGGGACUUUAAGAGGAUAUUUUGAAAUGCCUAAUUAAUCAAAUGUGCUGCAGGGCAACAGAGCAGAAUAAUCUGUCACAAAGAAAUGGUGAAAAGGGAAAAGUGAAUCUUUUGAAGGCUUCCCUCAGUGGAUUCAUGCUGAUCUCACGUCAGUCGGCAGAGUUUGUUUUCCCUGAUAUGCACAUACUAGCACUGCACAGUGUCACAAAGUGCCUCAAUACAGAGUCCUCCUGGUCCAAAAGGAAGGCUCAGAUCUCUGUGAGUGUACUCUCUUUUUACAGCCCUAACAGGAGAGUUGAAGGUGAAUCUUAUUAUUACUGCUUUGGGCUAUCUGUAUACAUGCACAAAUAUUUAAGGAGGCCAUUAUUUGCUUUAUGUUUCCUACAUGUGAAACACAUCCAGGGUACUCAGAGGCGGUACUGGUUCAGGUAGAUAAAACACUGCAACAGUGAUAAUGUUUCAACAUUUGAGGGUAAAUUAGAAAAGGAUAUUCAAUCCAACAAAACUCUGAAUGCAACGUGAGCAUUGCAGUCAUGCUAGUCUUGAAAAUGUAAGGACAACAUGAAGAGUCUGUCCGUGGUAAAGGUGAGAGGUGGAUUUUGGGAAUAAUUGACUGGUGUUUUGAAUACACAGUUUGCAAAAUUGUAUGUGCAUUUGAAUUAAAGGCCUUUUUUACAAGGAGGUCUGAUUAACCAUGAGCGCUGUGCCUGUAUGCUGUGGUCCAUGUAUGAGUACUCAAUUUGGGUGGAUUUUUGCAUGUUUGAUGUAGAUUUUUGUGUAUUGUCAAAGCACAUCUAUGAGCCAGUGGCUGACAAUAUGCACACAUGACUUGAUCUUUUGCCGGAUGCCAAGAAACUGGAGAUGAGGGGACUAGAUGCUCAGAUUCUGGACCCAGGUACUGUGGAUCUUCAGCACGAGCUGAUGAAAUUUCUAGUUCCAAACACAUCUGGGUCCUGAUGCUUGGAGAGACCCAUGUCUUGUCUAGCAGUUACACCAUAUCAUAUUGACGGCUUGAUUGAUGUAUGUCCUCUGGGAGUGCCAUUUAAUAAUUCUGGGAAGGGUUAUUAUACACUGUUUUUCGUUGACAAAGGGAAGCUGUGACGUUUGUCUGCGCUUUUUAAUUGUGACUCAGCACUAUACUUGAAGGUUGUCA